AUGCUCCGACUCGUUGCGACUGCCGGUUUUGCACGGUCUGUGCGAUCAUCGCCCGCCGCUGUUGCCGCUACAGCUACUGCUGCUGCUGCGUUGUCCCAUAGUAGUAACCCUGCCUCACGACCAGCCAUCAAGCAUGCUCGGCGCCACUCGUCGCGCUUCCCGCCUUCCAAUCCAGCCACCGCGUCACCAGUUGCGGUGCUGCCAGCGGUCAUUCCGCCGACGCUGCCGCUGCAUCUGCUGCCGCCGUCCACAGCCGACAUCCACGCAAUCAAGCACGCUCCUGGCACUUCGGGCGAUCGGAACGACGCGCUCGGACUCCGCGCAUCGCUCGACGAGUUCCUCGCAACCUGUCUCUCCGUCAUUGAGGACACGGACAGUCUGAUGCAGUCCAUCCAAAAGUCCAAGCUCGCGUUGCAUGGCAUCGACAUCCAAGACGGCGCUGAUUCCGUUCCCCAACCGCCAUUGUCGGUGCUCAAGACUCCCGCGCAAAUCGUCGCAGAGCUCGACAAGCAUGUUGUUGGGCAGGUUGAUGCCAAGCGAGCUGUCGCCUUGGCUCUGCGCAACCGAUGGCGACGACAUCAGCUGCCACCCAACAUGCGCGAUGUCGUUGUGCCCAAGAAUAUCAUCAUGAUUGGCAGCACUGGCGUUGGAAAGACGGAAAUUGCUCGCCGCAUGGCCAAGCUAACGGAUGCCCCGUUCAUCAAAGUCGAGGCCACGCGCUAUAUUCGAUCGGCUGCCGCCAAUGACCGGCAGGAUAUUGAACAUGCCAUCCACGAUCUUGUGCGACUGAGUGUACAAGCAGCGCGUACGCGAACGCGUGCACAGGUGCGGGAUAAGAUUCAUCGCGCCGUGGAGGAUCGCAUUAUUGGCGACAUUAUUGCGCGGCGUAAUGCCGAGUCAACCGAGGUGCUUUCACCAGAGCAUAUUGAAGAGACCAAGGAGGCGCUUCGGCGCAUGAUUCACUUCUCGCGCACCGACGACCGCAUGAUUGAGUUUACGUCGCUCAGCGCUGAAGACCUCGAUGCCGCACAUGCUGCCCCAUUGGAUAGCUUUGCACAAAUGCUCGCUGACAUGAGCGCUUCCCGAUUUCUCGAGAGCAACGGCGGUUUGACCAGCGCCCGUCAACAACAACAGCAGCAACAACAACAGCAACAACAAGCCUCAAACUCUGGAAAUAUCGCCUCCGCCCUCGGAGCCAUGUCCCAGCAACUAAAGUCCCUCUUGCAGGUAUUCCAGCACCGAGCUGCUGUUGCGGAUGCCAAGCACCAUCAUCACCACCAUCACCACCACGUUCAACAGCCUCAUCUCGCCCUCGGCACUCCGGGUCGCUCCACCACAAAUGGUGCUGUGCCCAACGCUAGUGACCCGCAUACACAAGCAGCCGAGGCUCGCAUCCACCGACCACCAGUGAUGCGCAUGCGUGCCAAGGACGCGCUGUCACUUCUGGCGGAAAUGGAGGCGUCGGUCCUAUUGAACGACACGCUCAUUGUGCGAAGCGCAGUCCAGCACGUUGAACAAGACGGCAUUGUCUUUAUUGAGGACAUUGAUAAGAUUUGCACGCCAACUCCCAGCUCCACCAGCAGCUCGAGGCGUGUUGUGAGCGAAGCCAGCUACGAGCCAGUACAACGUGAUCUCUUGCCCUUAAUCGAAGGGACACUCGUUUCGACUCCGUUUGGUCCAGUCCGCACAGACCAUAUUCUGUUUAUCGCAAGUGGAUCCUUCCGGAGCAGUCAGCCGUCAGACUUGCUACCAGAACUGCAAGGCCGAUUCCCGAUUCGUGUGCAGCUCAAGGCGCUCUCUGAGUCGGACCUGUACCAGCUCCUGACGUGGCCAGAGGCAAAUGUGAUUGCUCAACAAGUGGAGCUCAUGCGGACGGAGGGUGUCGCUCUCUCGUUCACCGCCGAAGCCAUUCGUGAAAUUGCCCGCAUUGCAUACGAGGUCAACGGUGCGGUGGAGAACAUUGGGGCUCGCAGGCUCAACACGAUUUUGGAGCGGGUUGUUGAAGACAUCAGCUUUUCAGCGCCGGAUCGAGUAGCGCACCAUCGUUCGGCAGCAGUUCAGGCCGGCAUCGAGCCCACUGGUCACACGAGCGACUCUGGCACGUCCGAGCUGAUUCCUGUCGUGAUUAACGAGCACGAUGUUCGCCGCACCGUGAAUGAGAGCUUUUUGAAGAGCGAUCUUUCGCGGUUUGUGCUGUAA